UAACAAUUUGGGUAAAAAUUAAUCAUCAUUAAUUUUUUACGUGACAGUAAAAAACAUUGUGUUACUUUUUGAUGGGUAAAAAGUCUGAGAGUGAUCGAUGCAGCAAAGUAUGAAAGCUCUUAUACUGGGAACAUGUAUUCAAAGCAUCGUCCAUAAUUUAAGGCAGUAAUAGAGUGCUACUAUAUAUAUAUAUAAGUAUAUAGAUCGAAUGGGAAACCCCACAUAGUUUUCUUGUCCAGGGUUCUUCCUGAUAUUAGGUGCUUUCUUCUCCUUGGGAUUUUCGCAACUAAACACUCUUUUUCUUGUUCCUGUUCUUCCAGGUAUCCCUCAAAUGAUUAGUCUCUCCAAUACAGUGUCCAAACUUUUUAUGCUAUAUAACUAGCUGAUCUCCACAUGCAGCCACUACUAAGUAAGUGAUCACCCACUUGAAUUAAUCCCUCCGCUCUGUCUCUCUGAUCUCGGGACUAAUCUUUACUCUCUCUCUGUCUGUCAUGGCUGAGAUUGAUUAUCCUACAAAACCAAAUACAAUCACCACUACCACACCUCUAAAGCUCUUUGGCUUCAACAUCCAGAACGUUUCAGAAGAAAACGACUCAGAUUCAAGCAAAUCCCCAUCUGGGUCUCAGGAAUCCGAAACUUUCCAGUCCGUUGAAGGCCGAAAAUACGAGUGCCAAUACUGUUGCCGCGAGUUCGCCAACUCACAAGCAUUGGGUGGGCAUCAAAACGCCCAUAAGAAAGAACGGCAGCUGCUAAAGCGCGCACAAAUGCAAGCCAGCCGAAACCAGCUGGCAGCUGCUUCACACAUGCGGCGAAACCCAAUAAUAUCAGCGUUCACGCAACCAACACACCUCCUUGCUCCGGGGGCUGCGCCGCCUCAGAGCCCUUCAUGGUUUGUCAUGUCCCAUGCAGGUGCAGCCACUCCUUUUGCCCUGCCAAACGGCGGCGUGUAUCAUCAUUCUGGGGCGGCCUCGAUGCAGCCGGGAAGGGGUGUUUAUGCCGGGGGAUCAUUUGGGGAGUCAAUGAUAGCAGUUUUGUCUCGUGGGGAUGGACACCAUGCCAGAGUUGUGCCGGCGCUGAGUGGGUUUGCCAGAGACGCGAUCGGUGCAGGAGGGUCUCACUUCGACAAAGGCUUGGGUCUAGAUUUGCAACUCGGGCUUGGGCCUAACUGAGCCAAGCCCAUCUGGGUGUUCUUGAGGGAAAUAUGUGGAAUUGGGAGCUUUGGUGAAUGUAAAUUUCCAAUUUUCUAACUUUAAUGAGUGAAGCAAUUUCAUGUACAUUCUGCGUAAAAACAGUUCAAUAUUCUUGUUA